UAUUUCAUUCUAGCACUGACUUUGGAGCUGUACGCUUGUUUUUAUAUUUUUGUAUUUUUAGUAUUAGCGUAAAACAAAAUUUCUAUCGUUUUACAAAUUUUAAGUAUCUAAAAGUAUCUAAUUGUUUCAACAAAAUUUCCAUCCACGUUCGGACGAAGUCACGCAACUGGGGACAGCUCCGACCAUGGCAGCAGCCAGAUCUGCUGCGGCUGCGCCCUAUCCGGCACCUGCUUCACAUCCACCCGCUGGCCAGCCAAAGAGGAAUAUUCUUCCUCGCGUCGCAGGACUCAGCCGUGGUCAGGCCCCCCCUCAAAAAGUGCAGAAAUUGACGCCACUGGCUUGGCCAGUACCCAACAAGAAGGCGUCGCCUCAUCCUCAGGAAUCGCCGAAUCCGGCGGACUACACUGAUGGACAUGAUGGUGAUGAUGAAAUGAUGGUGGACUCCAGCGAUAACUGGAGCAGAAGAAGCAAGAAGAAGGCGUCGCCUCAUCCUCAGGAAUCGCCGAAUCCGGCGGACUACACUGAUGGACAUGAUGGUGAUGAUGAAAUGAUGGUGGACUCCAGCGAUAACUGGAGCAGAAGAAGCAAGAAGAAGGCGUCGCCUCAUCCUCAGGAAUCGCCGAAUCCGGCGGACUACACUGAUGGACAUGAUGGUGAUGAUGAAAUGAUGGUGGACUCCAGCGAUAACUGGAGCAGAAGAAGCAAGAAGAAGGCGUCGCCUCAUCCUCAGGAAUCGCCGAAUCCGGCGGACUACACUGAUGGACAUGAUGGUGAUGAUGAAAUGAUGGUGGACUCCAGCGAUAACUGGAGCAGCUGGACGACUUCAUGCGAUAGCUUCACCUCUAUGCAGCCCUACAGCGAUAACUGGAGCAGCUGCAGCUGGAGCAGUACCUCUAUGCAGCCCUCUAUCGGCCGCUACUCGAACGCCAACGAGCUGUCAACGAUGUUGUCCUGCUUGAGCUCCGAUGCUACCGCAACGCCGUCGAUGGGGUCCUGCUUGAGCCUCAAUCGCACCGCAACGCCGUCGAUGAAGUCCUGCCUGAGUCCCCCUAGCCUCUCGGCCCAGUCGACGCACUCGAUGGUGACAUGCCUGACCUCCGAUGGCCACCCAACAGAAACGAAAAUGCCCGAAAACGGAAUUCCCGACAAUGGAUGGACUUCGCCGAUGGUUGCAGCCAUAUCCUCGCUGCCCAUUCCCCCACAGGUGUCAUGCGGCACGCAGACAGAGGAACCGCCAUCGACAAGUGCCCGUGGGCGUCGGUUCAAGGCCAAGAAGUGGACGACACGUUUGGCCGGGGGACGGGCAAAGUCUUCCAGAAAGGUCAGAGCGGCACUGAAUGAAUGGACGCCGAUGGUGGAAAAGCUACUGUUGGCAGCCAUAUCCUCGCUGCCCAUUCCCCCACAGGUGCCAUGCGGCACCCAGGAAGAGGAAACGCCACCGAAGGUCAGAGCGGCACCGCGAGUGGACGAAUCAGAGUCGGGCAUGCUCAAGAAAAUCCUGGUGGCAACAGUGCAGGUAUUCCUGUUCGUCGGGAUGAGCAUUGCCCUGUGCAUUCCGGAUGCGGAUUGCCCCUCGUUACGUGGCCAAGAUCUAUAAAUUUUAUGUGUUGUGAAGGUUGCAGACCAAAAAUACAAAAUUUAGAAUGUCUGGACAAAAA